CGCUGUUGCCUCAGCUUCCUCUGAACACCUAACACACUCGAGACCAGACUCACGCAGCACAUACACUCUGGGUUUUCUUAUCGCCCCAAACACCAGACUUUCAACUACAGUGAAGUGAUUUUGCUUAUUGCUUGGCUACAACGCGAGCCUGACUUGGUGCAGCGUGGAGUAGAACACCAAGUGACCAUGAACGACACCGACAUCUACAGCUCCGAGCUGCUAGGAGUCACCGCCGCUGGUGCCUUCCUCAUCGCCAUCGUCGGCACUUCAGGGAACUUACUGGCUGUUGUGGCGCUUCUCCAGAGCACCACGCUAAGGCAGAAUCCCUCCACUGCCUUCAUGAUCAAUCUGCCCGCCUGUCUGCUGCCAAUCUGCGCCAUAGGCAUGCCCCUGUUUGGCGCGGGAUGUCUGCAGCAGAAACUCUACGGCCGCGUCCUGUUUUCGGAAACGUGUACAGAGAUUUUCUUCACGAUGGGCUUCAGUCUGAGCCAGGUGCACCUCCACACUAUCAGUGCUCUGGCCUUCAAUAGGUUCCUGGCGGUGAUGUGGCCGGCAAAGUAUAAACAAUUGAUGCAAAAACGGAAAGUGCGACUGUAUCUGGGAUUGUUGUGGCUGUACUCACUGCUGCUGUGGGUUCCACUUGCUUGUGGGGCGCUUGGCGGGCUUAAGUACAAUCCCAAGGAGCUAAUGGCUUCCAUGGAUAACUCGCGAGGCAAGGUCCAGAAAGGUUUCCACGUUUUCUUUACGUACAUGCUUCCGGUCCUGUUCACCAGCAUGUGCUACAUCACCAUGUAUAUCAAGGUACGAUACUCAAGGAGGAGCAGACACCUUCGCGCUGCUCGGACGAACGUGGCGAAUGGCGACGAUGAUGCGGUGCGCCAGUGGGACGACCACGUGACCCGGACCAUCCUAGUCAUCUUCCUGUUCAUGGUGUCAUGCUGCGUGCCUCAUUUGGUGGUGCACAUUAGACAUCUCUACGACCGUCAUCCCGCUGCCUGGCUUCUGCUUCAUCUGAUCUUUUGGCUCCAGUUUUGCAUCGACCCGUUGGUGUACGUCACCGUAAGCUGCCAGUACCGCGCCGCCUGCGCCGAGACUGCCCAGAGGCUGAUGCAUUGCCUCAGACUGUCAAGCAACACAGAACCCACUCAACGUUCAGUUUGCUUCAAGGAAGGAGCGAAACCCAAAUUGACUGGUGAUAAUACCAGCGCUCCUGAACACUUACGGUCGUAUAGUACCGACAGUAAAUCAGAAGCAUAAUUGUGGACAAAGUGAACAAUGAAGCAGUUCAUUGAAACAAAAAAAGAGUAAAGUAAAAUAAGAAAACCGAGGAAAACUAUCAUAAGAGUCAUAAGAAUGAAGGAGAGCUUGCUGUCCUCGAUGAGACCACAUCAUUCCCUGUCACUAGACCGUGACCCUUUUCUCACUAACAAAACAAGGAAAUCAGUCUCGUCUCAUACCCAUACAUUGAAAAAUUGCUCCUCCCUGGAUACUAGGACACUCCCAUCAACAAGCGUUGUGCUGAGGAAUACUAUGCAGUUAUGAUAAUAUUGCCAGGUUCAUCUGCAUAUGAGGUAACCGAGUCUUGAAUAGUCCUUCUGGUGACACAUUGAUGGAAUAGAACGCAAGGCCAAAAUGGCUAGGACUAACUCAGUUGUUGAGUAGGCAUAAAAUUAUUAUUGGAGCGUGGUCUGAACAAUAUUACAAUAAACACACACACAUUUUAUUAAUUAACUUUCAAUGAAGGCACCGGUGCAAGUGGAACUGGUGAUGAACUCAUAAGAAAGAGGCACUGGCAAAGUGUUAAGUAAUGCGAUGCUGCCAAGGAAAAAAAAAUAUAUAUAUAUAUAUAUAUAUAUAUAUAUAUAUAUAUAUAUAUAUAUAUAUAUAUAUAUAUAUAUAUAUAUAUAUAUAUAUAUAUAUAUAUAUAUAUAUAUAUAUAUAAAAUGCAUGUCAUGGUGUUCCCAAAAAGAAUCAGGAUGAGAGGGAUCAAAAGAAAUGGCCAGUUUAGUUUCUGAUGUGUCUUUCAUAAGAACAUUAGAAUAUAAGAAAAUACGGGAAGCUGCAAUAAGCCAUCGCACCUACACGUGGCAGUCCCUUUAUGAAACUUACCUGUCUAUUUCCAUCUAUCAUCACCAUCCAUAAAUCUACCAAAUCUUCUUUCAAAGUUCGCUAAUGACUCAACACUAACAACCUGAUUACUGAGCCCAUUCCAUUCAUCUAACAUUCUAUUUGAGAACCAUUUCCUUCCUAUCUCAUUUUCAAGUUUGAACCCAUUAUUUCUUAGUCUAUCCUAAGAACUUUGCUUACGUCACCCUUGUUAUAACCCCUAUACCACUUAAAGACCUCUAUCAGUUCCCCUCUUAAUCUACUCCUCUUUAAGGAAUGUAUCUUUAAAAACUUAAGUCUCCUUUCGUAAGGAAUACCCUUCAUCCUCCUGUAUCCUUUCAGUCAUUCUCUUUUGUACUGAUUCUGAUAGAUCUAUAUCUUCCCUGUAAUAUGGGGAUCAGAACUGCAUAGCAUAAUCUAAAUGAGGUCUAAAUUGCACCAAACAUAAUUUUAAUUUUACUUCUCGACUUCUACUUUUAAUACUCCUAAACGUGAAUCCCAACACCUGAUUCUUUUUAUUUCCAGCCUCUAUGCAUUAGACGGAGAUCACAGCUAACUAUAGCCCCUGAAUCUUUUUCGUUCUCUGAACGUACCAUAGCUUUGUUGUUUAUUGUGUACCAACUGUGUGAGUUUCUUCUACCUACUUAAAAUACUUUGCAUUUGCUAAUAUUAAAUUGUAUUUGCCAUCUGUCUGUCCACUGUUCAUCUCAUCCAAAUCUGCCUACAAGGCUAUGGCAUCUGAAUCCAUCCCAAUUAACCUACCUAUCUUUAUGUCAUCCGCAAAUGCCUCUGGCGUUUUGCUUUUGCUAAUUUGGGGGACCUGAUUUUCCUUGGAAUGAAUACUGCUUGCAUAUCAUGCACCUGUCUCUGUGUGCUGAGCCCAUAACAGAGAUGAUAGUGUUUGGCAUGGAGGCGCACAUUCCUCACUCUAUCUCUCGACCUAAAUCUUCCAAACCUUGGUUUAACAUUUUGUUCUCGUGGUAUACAUGAAAAAGAGGAGACCCACAAAGGGUACUUCAGCUUUCCAUCACCUGAAUCUCAUGAGCUUUAUAUUUCUGCCCGGAAUCAUGCCUAGUCUGUUCUGCAACAAGCCAAAAACUCCUUCACUAAUAGAAACUGUCAAAAUCUUUCAAGACCGAACUCCCUUCGUGAUUUCUGGCACCUAGCCAAACCAUCUUCAAUAACUUUGCUUUUUCAUCUUUCCCUCCUUUAUUUCAACCCAAUGGCACCACUGCUAUCUAAUAUAUUCUUUGAGGUUAGGGGUCCUGAGUCGUCUCCGCCAGUUUUUCAACCUUCCCCCACACCCAGCUGCUAACUCUGUACACGUGUACAGGAGCCUUAUUCAUCCAUGUAUGAAAUAUGCUUCACAUGUAUGGGUGGGGGUUCCACUCAUACCGCUCUGUUAGAAAGGGUGGAAUCAAAGGAUUUUCAUGUUAUUAACUCUUCUCCUUUGACUGAUUGUCUUCAGCGUUUUUCUCAUCGUCGCAAUUUUGCAUCUUUUACUAUCUUUUACCGCUAUUUUCAUGCCAAUUGGUUUUCUGAUCUUGCUAACUGCGUGCCUCCCCUCUUCCCGCGGCCUCGCUGCACAAGACUUUCUUCUUUAUCUCACCCCUAUUCUGUCUACCUCUCUAAUGCAAGAGUUAAUCAGUAUUCCCAAUCAUUCAUCCGUUUCUCUGGUAAACACUGGAACUCCCAGGCUGUUUCUGUAUUUCCACUUUCCUAUGACUUCAGCUCUUUCAAGAGGGAGGUUUCAAGACACUUAUCCUGUAAUUUUUUACUACCGCUUUCGACCCUGUUCGGGAACCGUGUUUGGGCCUUUUUUUUUUUUCAGUUUUGUUGCCCUCGGCCGGUCUCCUCCUACAUAAAAAUAAAAUAAAUAAAUAAAUAAAUAAAUAAAUAAAAAAGUCGGUAGUCUAACUCCUGCCAAACACAAUGUCUUGUGUAACAUUCUCCUCCUACAUAAAAAUAAAAAAAUAAAAUAAAUAAAUAAAUAAAAAAGUCGGUAGUCUAACUCCUGCCAAACACAAUGUCUUUUGUAACAUUCUCCAGUGCCUCAACGAUUCACUGAGUUCCUCUAGGCUUGUAGUAAGAGAGGAGAUAUAGAUCAGUCCUUUCACAUAGCCCCAUAGACAAAAUCACAAGGUGUCAAGUCAGGUGAACGUGUUAGCCAUUUCAGUAGCACACGGUCAUUAUCACUAGCACACCCGAUCCAUCUCCCUGGUAGAUUCUCGUUGAGAUAAGCCCGCACACUGUGCUUCCAGUGAGGUGGAAUCCACCCUGUAACAGAAUGAAAUGCUCAUGUUCAUUUGCAAUGAGCUCAUCAAAUAACCAUUACUUUAGUAUUUGCAAAUAAACAUCGCCAUCACGUUUCCUUCAAAGAAAAAUGGACCAUAAAGACGAUUCUUGGAGUUUGCGCAGAACACAUUAACUUUCGGCGAGUCUCUCAUAUGCUCGGCAUGGGGAUUUUCCGUUCCCAAAAUGCGAGCAAUAUACUUGUUGACUUUGCCAUUCAUAUCACAUGUGGCUUCAUAACUGCAAGCAAGACGCUUUUCGAACUCCUUAUUUUCAAAUUUCUGUUGCAUAACAACACAUUUGGUUGCAAUAUUUCUUACAUCUGUGUUUAUGGCUUGAACGAGCUGUAGCUUAUACUCGUAGCGUCCCAUUCGCAGGCGUUUCCUUACUACACGCCAAGGUGUUAUACAAGAAAUCUGGGUAGGAGGAGGCAGUAGACACCUGCCGAAACGAUAAUUACUCCCAGUGAGGUCUAAAGCACUGUUCAGGGGGUGCUGUGAACUUAUCAUUAAACCCAGCUGUAACCUCACUGAACGUUUCCCUUUGUGUCUCACAACACAAGGGGGUAGUCACAGCCUGCCCUCUAAAGACAACUCUCUUCCUCCACACAAAACUACAAGCACCUAAUAACACACACACCCUUCACUCCAAAAAUUUUAAAAUCAUGGCGACUCCUACACCAGCCUCGGAGUCCCCAUCUGGGGAGGGGACCAUAAAUGUCCCCAGGUCGGACUGCCUUUCCGUCGACGACCCUAAGUGUCUUGACACCCCCCUCAACUUUUUCUUCAUUAACUUCUGCAACAUUCGCGGUCUAAGAUCUAAUUUUCAAUCUGUAGAACACCACCUCUCCUCUUCUAAACCUCAUCUUCUUUUCCUCACUGGAACUCAGGUGUCUGAGGCAACUGACAGUAGCCCCUUUUCUGUUCCCUCCUACUUUCUCUAUCCUCAUUUUCGAUCCAAAGCUGGAUGCUGCGUUUAUGUGCGCAAUGACUUAACCUGCUCUCGUGCCCACGCUCUUGAAUCUUCCGAGUUUUCCACCAUCUGGCUACGACUACAGAGUCAUUCUCAUACUAAAUUUAUCUGUGCUGUAUACCUCUCUCCUAAUUCCUCUGACUAUAAGAAAUUCUUUGACUACUUAACUUCCAAAGUGGAGCACAUUCUGACCCUCUUCCCUUUUGCAGAGAUCUCCAUUCUUGGAGACUUCAAUGUUCACCACCAGCUUUGGCUUUCCUCUCCCUUCACUGACCAUCCUGGUGAACUAGCCUACAACUUUGCUAUCCUCCAUGACCUAGAGCAAUUGGUGCAACACCCUACUCGUAUUCCUGACCGUCUUGGAGAUACGCCCAACAUUCUUGACCUUUUCCUGACCUCUAAUCCUUCUGCUUAUGCUGUCACCCUUUCUUCUCCGUUGGGCUCCUCCGAUCACAAUCUCAUAUCUUUAUCUUGUCCUAUCACUCCAAUCCCUCCUCAGGAUCCCCCUAAGCGAAGGUGCCUCUGGCGUUUUGCCUCUGCUAGUUGGGGGGACCUGAGGCGGUAUUUUGCUGAUUUUCCUUGGAAUGACUACUGCUUCCGUGUCAGAGACCCGUCUUUGUGUGCUGAGCGCAUAACAGAGGUGAUAGUGUCUGGCAUGGAGGCGUACAUUCCUCACUCUUUUUCUCGUCCUAAACCUUCUAAACCUUGGUUUAACACAGCUUGUUCUCGUGCUAUACAUGAUAGAGAGGUGGCCCACAAAAGGUACUUAAGCCUUCCUUCACCAGAAUCUCAUGCACUUUAUAUUUCUGCCCGGAACCAUGCCAAGUCUGUUCUCCAACUAGCCAAAAACUCCUUCAUUAACAGAAAAUGUCAAAACCUUUCAAGAUCUAACUCCCCUCGUGAUUUCUGGCAUCUAGCCAAAAAUAUCUCCAAUAACUUUGCUUCUUCUUCUUUCCCUCCUCUACUUCAACCAGAUGGCACCACUGCUAUCACAUCUAUUUCUAAAGCUGAACUCUUUGCUCAAACCUUUGCUAAAAACUCUACCUUGGACGAUUCUGGGCUUGUUCCUCCCUCUCCUCCACCCUCUGACUACUUCAUGCCUCGUAUUAAAAUUCUUCGUAAUGAUGUUUUCCAUGCCCUCGCUGGCCUAAACCCUCAGAAGGCUUAUGGACCUGAUGGGGUCCCUCCUAUUGUUCUCCGAAACUGUGCCUCCGUGCUUGCACCUUGCCUAGUCAAACUCUUUCAGCUCUGUCUGUCAACAUCUACCUUUCCUUCUUGUUGGAAGUUUGCCUACAUUCAACCUGUUCCUAAAAAGGGUGACCGCUCUAAUCCCUCAAACUACCGUCCUAUUGCUUUAAUUUCCUGCUUAUCUAAAGUUUUUGAAUCUAUCCUCAACAGGAAGAUUCUUAAACAUCUAUCACUUCACAACCUUGUAUCUGAUCGCCAGUAUGGGUUCCGUCAAGGCCGCUCUACUGGUGAUCUUCUGGCUUUCCUUACUGAGUCUUGGUCAUCCUCUUUUAGAGACUUUGGUGAAACUUUUGCUGUUGCCUUGGACAUAUCAAAAGCCUUUGAUAGAGUCUGGCACAAAGCUUUGAUUUCCAAACUACCCUCCUACGGUUUCUAUCCUUCUCUCUGUAACUUCAUCUCAAGUUUCCUUUCUGACCGUUCUAUUGCUGCUGUGGUAGACGGUCACUGUUCUUCUUCUAAAUCUAUUAACAGUGGUGUUCCUCAGGGUUCUGUCCUGUCACCCACUCUCUUCUUAUUAUUCAUUAAUGAUCUUCUAAACCAAACUUCUUGUCCUAUCCACUCCUAUGCUGAUGAUACCACCCUGCACUUUUCCACGUCUUUUCAUAGACGUCCAACCCUUCAGGAGGUAAACAUAUCACGCAGGGAAGCCACAGAACGCCUGACUUCUGAUCUUUCUAAAAUUUCUGAUUGGGGCAGAGCAAACUUGGUAUUGUUCAAUGCCUCAAAAACUCAAUUCCUCCAUCUAUCAACUCGACACAAUCUUCCAGACAACUAUCCCCUCUUCUUCAAUGACACUCAACUAUCCCCCUCUUCUACACUGAACAUCCUCGGUCUGUCCUUUACUUAUAAUCUGAACUGGAAACUUCACAUCUCAUCUCUAGCUAAAACAGCUUCUAUGAAGUUAGGUGUUCUGAGACGUCUCCGCCAGUUUUUCUCACCCCCCCAGCUGCUAACUCUGUACAAGGGCCUUAUCCGUCCAUGUAUGGAGUAUGCUUCACAUGUCUGGGGGGGUUCCACUCAUACUGCUGUUCUAGACAGGGUGGAAUCAAAAGCUUUUCGUCUCAUCAACUCCUCUCCUCUAACUGACUGUCUUCAGCCUCUCUCUCACCGCCGCAAUGUUGCAUCUCUAGCUGUCAUCUACCGCUAUUUUCAUGCUAACUGCUCUUCUGAUCUUGCUAACUGCAUGCCUCCCCUCCUUCCGCGGCCUCGCUGCACGAGACUUUCUUCUUUCUCUCACUCCUAUUCUGUCCACCUCUCUAACGCAAGAGUUAACCAGUAUUCUCAAUCAUUCAUCCCUUUCUCUGGUAAACUCUGGAACUCCUUGCCUGCUUCUGUAUUUCCACCUUCCUAUGACUUGAAUUCCUUCAAGAGGGAGGUUUCAAGACACUUAUCCACCAAUUUUUGACCACUGCUUUGACCCUUUUAGGGACUGGCAUUUCAGUGGGCAUUUUUUUUAUUAGAUUUUUGUUGCCCUUGGCCAGUAUCCUUCCUACAUAAAAAAAAAAAAAAAAAAAAGACUUUCUGGGGUUUCGCACAAGUGUUUCCCGAAUCUGAGCGACGAUAUCAUCUGAUACUGGUGGUCGUCCAGAUCCCUUUACCCUGCCGAGGCAGCCUUCCUCCUUGAAAUUUCAAUACUAGUGAAUGUCAUUCUACAUCACGAAAAAAAAAAAAAAAAAAAGUUAAACCUUAAGCUUAGUUCAUUUUUACACAUUUUGUUAAAUUUGAGCGAAAAUUGUCUAUGUUAUUAGAGUAUGAAAUUAUGCCAUGUUUUUUUUGGGGGAAACCCUGUAUAUAGAAAAUAAAUAGUGACUGAAA